UUGAUUCAAGAAUCAAAAGAUUUUUUAACAGGUUUGAGGAGAUAUCUUUUUCUGUCAUUGAACUCUUGAGGUAGCAUAGUUUGUUAAGAUUUUAUAUUGGUUAUGGGAGGUAAAAGCUCAAAGGAUUUGAGUGGAAGAGGGUAUCCGACAAGCAGGUCCGGUGGUUCGGAUUCAUGGAGUCACUAUGGAUACCCCCCGCAAUCAGAAUAUCCCCCGCAAAAUGCGUAUUAUACACCGCAGCAUCACUAUGCGCCACCUCCCUCGAGUAAUUACGGAUCGCGAACAUCCCGUCACGGGCAUACGAUUGUGAAAUACUCAAGGAUAGAUGAUAACUACCAAACACUGGACCAGGUUACCGCUGCCCUUGCACAAGCUGGCCUUGAGUCCUCUAACCUUAUUGUUGGUAUUGAUUUCACAAAGAGCAACGAAUGGACAGGUGCAAGGUCAUUCAACCGCAAAAGUUUGCAUCACAUUGGGAAUGGCCAAAAUCCAUAUGAACAAGCUAUAUCAAUUAUCGGACAGAGCUUAUCCGCUUUUGAUGAGGAUAACUUAAUUCCGUGUUAUGGAUUUGGAGAUGCAUCAACACAUGAUCAAGAUGUUUUCAGUUUCUAUCCCGAUGAGAGAUUUUGUAAUGGAUUUGAGGAGGUGCUUUCACGAUACAGAGAAAUUGUUCCCCAGCUUCGGCUUGCAGGACCAACGUCUUUCGCACCCAUCAUUGAAAUGGCCAUGACUAUCGUCGAGCAAAGUGGUGGUCAAUACCAUGUUUUGCUGAUAAUUGCUGAUGGACAGGUGACAAGAAGUGUUGAUACACAGCAUGGUCAGCUUAGCCCUCAAGAGCAGAAGACAAUUGAUGCAAUCGUUAGAGCAAGUGAAUUCCCCUUGUCGAUUGUCCUAGUCGGGGUCGGUGAUGGUCCUUGGGACAUGAUGAGAGAGUUUGAUGAUAACAUCCCUGCUCGUGCUUUCGACAAUUUUCAGUUUGUGAACUUCACUGAGAUUAUGUCGAAGAAUACGGAUCCAUUGAGAAAGCAGGCAGAAUUCGCGCUUUCAGCUUUGAUGGAAAUGCCUUCUCAGUACAAAGCAACUAUUGAGCUCGGCCUAUUGGGAGGAAGAAAGGGAAAUACUUCGGAGAGAGUUCCUCUCCCACCUCCCAUGUAUGGUGCAUCAUCUUUCAACAACCAGAAGUCAUAUCCUCGCUCGAGCAGUUUCCAGCAGGAUACAUCUCCGUAUUCUCAAUCCAGCAGUUUUAAGCAGAAUGCGUCUCCGUAUUCUCGCUCAAACAGUUUUCAGAAAAACACACCUCCUUAUGCCGGAUAUGAUACAACUGCUACCACAGCCACAGGUCCAUCUUAUGACGACACUGCUACCACAGCCACUGGUCCAUCUUCAAGCUCCCUUUACGAUAAUCGGGUUUGCCCCAUUUGUCUUGGUAAUCCCAAGGACAUGGCCUUUGGUUGUGGACAUCAGACUUGUUGCGAAUGUGGAGAGGACCUCCAAGUCUGCCCCAUAUGUCGGAGUUCCAUCCAAACUCGGAUUCGGCUUUAUUGAUCAGUCUUUUCAAACACGUUUUUGGUUCAGUAGACAGAGCCGAAUCGAGCAUUGAAUGUCCGAGAACAAUGAAAGGUUAGUCCUUGACCUUGAUCUGAAACACAAGGUUCCAUCGAUGAGCCUUAUGUAUAGGUUAAGGGGCAUAAUUCCACCUGAUGUGUCACUUUACAUUGGUAAACUCUCUGCUGCUUUAGCUCGAUCAAGGGUUAUGAUGCCGGCGAUGCGAGUGUAGACCUGGCAAUUCGUAUAUAUUUGUCGCGUUCAUGCAUUUUUUCUUUUCUGGAAGCUGAAAAAGGCAACACACGCAAUGGAGACUUGUUGCCACAGAAUUGUAUCUUUCAUUCGUCAUUUGUGUGCAUAUGUACUGAAGUCGUAAAUCAAGACCUAUAGAAAGGUAAGUUUAGUAU